GCAGCAGCAGAAGCGGCGGCAGCAGCAGAUUCUGGCUGACAGGCGCAUGCAGAGAGAGAGAGAGAGAGAGCUUUUUGUAGUCGGGAGGGAGGACCGGAGGGAGAGCAGCAGAUCGGAAAAGAGGGUGGCUCGCCUCUCCGGAGGAAGCUACAUCUGGUGCAAUCCCCUCUGAUCCCUUAAGAGAGAAAUAUGAGCACGGCCAUACGAUACAAAAGCAAGCUGGUCAACCCAGAAGAAAAACAGAGGAAUGGAGGCAACCUACAACCCUCGGAUCACCUUGACCACGAAAAGCAGUAUGUGGGGUUCGCCACUCUCCCCAACCAGGUGCACCGGAAAUCUGUGAAGAAGGGCUUUGAUUUCACCCUCAUGGUGGCAGGAGAGUCGGGCCUGGGUAAAUCUACUUUGGUAAACAGCUUGUUCCUGACAGACCUCUACAAAGACCGAAAACUUCUCAAUGCCGAAGAAAGAAUCAGUCAGACAGUAGAGAUUGUGAAACACACGGUGGACAUCGAGGAGAAGGGGGUGAAGUUGAAGUUAACAAUUGUCGACACACCAGGGUUUGGAGAUGCUGUGAACAACACGGAGUGUUGGAAGGCCAUCACGGAUUACAUUGACCAGCAAUUCGAACAGUACUUCCGGGAUGAGAGCGGCCUCAAUCGGAAGAACAUCCAGGACAACCGGGUGCACUGCUGCCUCUACUUCAUCUCUCCCUUUGGCCAUGGGCUGAGGCCGGUAGACGUGGAGUUCAUGAAGGCUCUGCAUGAAAAAGUGAACAUUGUUCCCCUUAUUGCCAAAGCCGACUGCCUCAUUCCUUCUGAGAUCAAGAAGCUAAAAGAGCGGAUCAGGGAGGAGAUCGACAAGUUUGGAAUUAAAGUUUACCAGUUUCCUGAGUGUGAUUCUGACGAAGACGAGGACUUCAAACAACAAGACAGAGAGCUGAAGGAAAGUGCUCCCUUCGCAGUCAUCGGCAGCAACACGGUGGUGGAGGCCAAAGGUCAGAGGGUACGAGGGCGGCUCUACCCUUGGGGAAUUGUGGAAGUGGAAAACCAGGCGCACUGUGACUUUGUGAAACUGCGGAACAUGCUGAUCCGAACGCACAUGCACGACCUGAAGGACGUCACCUGCGACGUUCACUACGAGAACUAUCGGGCGCAGUGCAUCCAGCAGAUGACCAGCAAGCUGACUCAGGAUAACAGGAUAGAGAGCCCCAUUCCGAUUUUGCCGCUCCCAACACCGGAUGCGGAAACGGAGAAGCUGAUCAAGAUGAAAGAUGAAGAGUUGCGUAGAAUGCAAGAGAUGCUGCAGAAAAUGAAACAGCAGAUGCAAGACCAGUGAAAAAAAGGAAGCUGGGAUGGAAGUUGCGAAGGAAAGGAACAUCCUUGUCACUGUCUGCAGUUCAGCUGGAAUCGCAGAUGCUUUAGGAAGGACUUUCCUGUUGCAAAAACAAAACAAAACAAAAACAAAGAGACUUGUGAGCAAGAGCGGCGCCCGUUCCCUCCCUCCCUCCUUCUCUCUAAUUCAGGGGUAGCCAACGUGGUGCCCUGCAAACACUGUCGAACUGCUAUGCCCAUCACAGGAAGUUGGCAGUCCAGCAGUGGCUGUAGGACAACAUGUCAGCUACUCCCUGCUCUAUUUCGACCAUAGCAACGUCUGUUAGUGGGAAGGCGGGAAGACGAGAGGGGAGAGAGGUCUCUUGCUGCGGACCUCUUCCACGAUCGGGAUAUUCCCUGCUCUCUCCACUCUUUCCUAGAUGUACUAAACUGUUGUUAAGGAGCAUUCUGGUAUUUAAAACCAACCAACCAACCACCGUUUCUAUGGCACAUGGAUUUUGAGGACUCUUGUGUAAAAUGCACGUUAACUGUUUACUUCUAACCAAGGUGCUGUGACCCUCCUCCUCCUCCUCCUCUUUCCAGCUCUCCCCACCCCUCCAUUUUGUCCUCAAACUUUCGGAGGUCACGGCAAGCUUUUGCAAGAAGGCCGACGAUACCUCUGAACCAAGUGCUGCUGACAUGAGCACCAACCAGCCUGACCUCUUGCCUAGGACAUCCCUUGGUCCUCUUCCCCACCAGCCGCUUUGAGAGGAUGAGCAGAAAGCUGGUUGGGUGUGUGGCGUUCUUUGAUGGUUUCUCAAAACAUUCCUGACAUGACGAUGAUGUUUUUACUAAGAA